GUUGGAAGAGGUGCCGCUGGAGGUGCUGAGGCAGAGGGAAUCCAAGUGGCUGGACAUGCUCAACAAUUGGGACAAGUGGAUGGCAAAGAAGCACAAAAAGAUUCGGCUGAGAUGCCAGAAGGGGAUUCCGCCAUCAUUGCGAGGUCGAGCGUGGCAGUAUCUGUCAGGGGCCAAAGUCAAGUUGGAGCACAACGCUGGAAAAUUUGAUGAGCUGGACACGGCGGCAGGGGAUCCCAAGUGGCUGGAUGUGAUUGAACGGGAUCUCCACAGGCAGUUUCCAUUCCACGAAAUGUUCGUUUCCCGAGGAGGCCACGGGCAGCAGGAUUUGUUCCGGGUGCUGAAGGCCUACACGCUGUAUCGGCCGGAGGAAGGUUACUGCCAGGCUCAGGCACCCAUUGCUGCCGUUCUGUUGAUGCACAUGCCUGCAGAGCAAGCUUUUUGGUGCCUUGUGCAGAUUUGUGAGAAGUACCUUCCUGGCUACUACAGUGAGAAGUUGGAGGCCAUCCAGCUGGACGGGGAGAUCCUUUUCUCUCUCCUGCGCAGGGUCUCCCCCGCGGCUCACAAGCAUCUGAGCAAACAGAAGAUCGACCCCAUCCUGUACAUGACGGAGUGGUUCAUGUGUGCCUUUUCCAGGACCUUGCCCUGGAGUUCAGUGCUGCGUGUCUGGGACAUGUUUUUCUGCGAAGGUGUCAAGAUUAUCUUCCGGGUGGGCCUAGUGCUGCUGAAAUACACGCUGGGUUCGUCUGAGAAGCUGAAAUCCUGCCAAGGGCAGUAUGAGACAAUGGAGCAGCUGAGGGCCCUGAACCCCAAGAUCAUGCAGGAGACAUUCCUUGUACAAGAGAUCAUAGAGCUGCCCGUCACGGAGCGCCACAUUGAGCGGGAGCACCUGAUCCAGCUGAAGAAGUGGAAGGAGAAGCGAGGAGAGUUGCAGUGCAGGUCCCCUCCCCGCUUCCACGGCGCCAAGGCCAUCAAUGACUCCGAGCCUCAUUCCCACAAAGCCGUGGAGCCCUCACCUUCCAUCAUCCUGCCCCCUGGCGCCACGUUGUCUCCCAAGGGCCGCAAAAACAAACUCCCCAAAGGGCACAAGAAAGAGGACCCCAGGAAAGACCGCUUGGCCAACGGGCCCGUUCCGGAAGAGGAGGAGCCUCCCACUUUGCUGGAGCCCAACGCCUCCCUCCUCCACCAGUCCAAAGAGAGCCUGAGUUCUCAGGAGAGCGAAGACACUUACCUGUAGAACUUGGGGGGGGGUUUUCUUCCUCCCCAGCCAAGCCUUGCUUCUGGAGCUCUUCCUGGCAGCCAGUAGAGAGAAACCAUGCUGGCACCUUACGGGCACAGGGGGUGGGUAGUUGGGAGUCAAGGGUAUUUCCUGUCGCCACCGGGUGACUUUAGCCGUAUGCAGUGUACACCCUGGUCCAGCAUGCCUUGGGCAUCUCAGGUCAGCAAGGCUCAAAGAGGGCACGCAGGUACCCCCGACCGUGGGGAGUUCCUUCUGAGUGUGAGCUGGCAGUGUUGCACUCGCUGCUUAACCAGCAGGGGCGCAGGCGGUAUAGAAGUAUCUUUCUGCUACACACGCACCGCUCCCACUGCGCUGCAGGCGCCUCGGUCCAAGCCGGUGGCGUUGGAGCCGAGAGGCUGUCGUGUCUCCCUGCACAUUGGCCUUCUUGGUCCUGACGGACGGGGCGGCAUCCAUUCCUUGACUUCCUGACACCACCGCUCAUGGAUGGGGCAUUCAAUGCGGCUUGCGCACAAAGCUUGCCCAGUUGUGGGAUUUGCAAAACC